AUGUUCAAGCAACGAUCUCACGAGACCCAUCACAACACACACGUCCCCGAGAUCAAGGCCAACCCGGGUGAGUACACCGUCGCUGUUCUUGGCGAUAGCCUCUUCGAGCGCUUUAAAUCAACCGGUAAAUUCGUGAGCGUCGAACCAACCGCCGACGAAAUGUUCAAGCUUCGCUCUCACCAGACCCACCACAACACCCACGCUCCCCAGAUCAAGAACAACCCUGGCCAGUACACCACCGCCCUCCUCGGCGCCAGCGGUGUCGAGCGCUUCAAGACCACUGGCCGAAUGCUGAGCAUCAACAAGGACUCGCGCAUCCUCAACCUCGGUGUUGGCGGUGACAAGAUCUUGAAUGUUCAGUACCGCAUGGAUCAAGGCCUCGUCCGCCUUCUGAAGCAGCACCAGCCGAACAUCAAAACUAUGUACAUCCACAUGGGAUCCAAUAACCUCAAGAAGCAGGGUCUUCGAAAGGGUGAUGCGGAUGUGUACGGCGCGGUUGUCAAGCAGUUGCGAACUGAGUUUCCCGACAUGACUCUUGUCAUCACUGCGUUGUUCAUCCAGCGUGGUCUGGGACUUGAUGUGAUUGACGAUGCGAACAACAAGCUCAAGGCUAUUGCCGAAGAGCAUGGAUGCGUGUUCCUGCCUUUUGGGGAUGACCAGGCGGGCAUCAUGAGCGAGGACAAUGUCCACUUGAACGAGUUUGGGUAUCGCAAGUGGAACGAAAUCCUCACCAACGACAUGAACAGCCGUUGA